AUGUCCCGGCUGGACACCCACAUCACUUCGGUCUUGCCAGUGAUAUUUGACUACAUUUUUGACUGCACGCUUCAAAUGAUAAAGUCGGACUUCCAGAGCUACCCAGACCACCGGGAGCGCUUCUACGCGCUGCUCAAGGCAGCCAACCAACAUUGUUUUUCGGGUUUAUUUUCUUUGCCUUCGACUCAACUAAAGGCUUUUGUGGAAUCUUUAGUUUGGGCGUUCAAGCACGAGCACCCGUCGCUGGCCGAGGAGGGUUUGCAGGUGACGCACGAGUUCUUGCAGCGGCUGAUCGAGGGAAAGCGCGAGGUCCUGAACGACUUCUGCUGCAACUACUACUUCAGUUUGAUGAAAGAAAUACUUUUAGUCCUCACAGAUCGUCUUCACCGCUCCGGAUUCAAAUACCAAACGCUCAUCUUCAUGUCUCUUCUCCGAAUUGUCGCAUUUAGACUAGUCGAAAACGAGCAGCAGGGACUUACCCAGGAAAAUGUCACGAAGAGCCUGAUAGACUUGCUGUGCCGCAGCUUCCAAACCCUAAACCCUAAACAAGUGGAAGCUUUUGUUUUGGACCUUUUCAACUUUUGCGUCGACUCAAACCCUAGCCGCUUCCAGGAGCACAUGAGGGACUUCCUCAUCUCCCUCAAGGAAUUUGCCGGAGACAACGAGGCCUUAUUUGAGGCGGAGCGAAAAGAGGCUUUGGCGAGGGCGGCGGAGUUGGAAAAGCAAAAACGAGGAAUGGUUCCCGGGCUGCUGCCCCAGUACGAGUCCAUGGUGUCUAUACGCAACAUGGAGGACUGA